AUGAGUGAGAAAAGUAAGGGAGACGCAAUUAUUGGCGGUAGUGACAUGAGUGAAAGUGACGGUAUAAAUAUUAAUAUAUUAAAUGAGCAACAAUUUAAUGAGAACGCGGAAAGAAUAGACUCACCUAUAUUAAUGAGACCGGACAAGCGAGGUAGGAGUGAUAGCGGAAAGGAUGAUGUAGACGGUGAUGAGGGCUUUACGACGGUGGAGAGAAGACGAAAACGCCUCGCUCGUAGUAGUACACAAAUAAAUGUAAGCGAGAAUUUGUAUGAAAUUUCUAUAACAUCUUUGGAGAUAUUACCUAAACAGAUUAGCCUUGCGAAGUUCCUUCGAUCACUAAGUAUACCUAGCAUAUUGAAAGUUAAAUAUAAAAGCCCCUACAAAGUAAUAGUGACAUUCGCAUCGAAAAAUGAUGCAGAUAUCCUAUUAAACUGUCCUAAACUGGUCGAUUUGGGAUACAGAUGUCAAUUUACGCAUGAAAUUAAUUUAGCUUACGGCAUAGUAAAGCAGGUUGAGCUAGAAGUUAAUGACGAAGAAUUACAGAAAAUAUUUGUUUGUGACUGUGAGAUCGUUUCUGUAAAAAGAUUAAAGAGGCUAACAGAAGACGGAAAAUGGAUAGAUAGUGAAACUGUGCGACUUAGUUUUAGAAGUUCUACAUUACCUAGCUAUGUCUAUGCUUAUGGUUGCAGGCUCAAAGUGGAACGGUUCAUAUUUCCAGUAACCCAAUGUUCCAGAUGCUGGCAUUUUGGACAUUUAAUGCGGGCAUGCCCUACAAGGAAGAUAAUUUGUCCUAAAUGUGGGGAAAAUCAUGUUAAUUGUGAAACAAAAUCAUUUAGAUGUGUUAAUUGUAAAGGACCACAUAUAUCCUUGGAUAAAUCUUGUCCAGUUUUUAAAAAAGAAAAGGAAAUUCGUCGUGUUAUGAGUGAAGAAGGAGUGACAUACCGAAAAGCACUAGAGUAUUAUUUGGAAAAAGAGAAGGAUCAAAAUCAGGUUCAGAAGAACUAUUAUGAAACUACAGCCAAGAGCCAAACAGCAGACAUCACAACUCAUAAGUUAUCAUACAGGGAUAUUCUAGUAAGUCAAAUUUAUAGGGGGAAAGCUAAUAAAGAAGCUAAUGAUACCAAAAGUGAAUUUGAUACUGAAAGGAUACAAGAAAUGACUGUUCCUGGACCUACAAGACGUAAAAAGAAAAAGAAGAGACGGCAAAUGAGUAAAGAGUGGACGUUGGAUAGUGAAGAAACCCAAUCGGAGCAGGAGAAUAGUCAGGAGGAGGAGAUGGGCAAACGAAAGAGAGAGUCUACUGCCUUUUCUUUUAAGCGAUGCUGGCUGAAAUUGAAGGCGGUUUUUUUAGCAGACAUUUCUUUUGAAGAAAAAAUCAAAAGUGUUAUGAAAAUUGUGUGGGAAGAGUUGUCAUCGGUGUUAAUUAAAUUAGUGGGGGAAGGUUUUUUGCAAAAUAUUUUAAAGUAUAUUUUUAAUGGAUAA